AACUAUUGUUUUCCAGUUACUCAAUGAUGAGCCUCUCAUUAUAAAUAUAUCUUCAGGAUUGCGUAGCUGUUCAUUUACAGAUUUCAAUUAUGAAAGUACUAACCAGUGCCGUUUGUGUUCUUUCGUUCAUUGUGUCUUCCACUUGUACUAUCCCCAGUUACAUUAAAAUAUGUCCACCAAACGAAAAAUAUGCAGAGUGCGUCAUUUCCGCAGUCAACAAUUUGCGAAAAACAUUAACCACUGGUAUAGAGGAGUUAAAUAUUCCACCAAUGGAACCGCUUUACUUGGGUCAAGUUAGCUUCCCCAAUCGACAGGCCGGUUUGGCGACUAAUUUAACCAAUCUCAAAGUAACAGGUGCCUCUGGGUUCGAAAUUAUAAAAUUGGUUCCAACGCUAACGAAGAGAGGUCAUACGUUUCGAAUUGAAGCACGAGUUCCAAAAAUACACGCUGAGGGUGAAUAUGAAGUGAACACGAAGUUUUUGCAACUCGAACUAAACGGAUCAGGGCCCUUCACUGCCGAUAUCGAGGACUAUCAUUUUGAGUGCAUGCUCAAAGGAAGAAAGACCGAGCAGGAUGGCCGUACUUUUUUACGGUUUGCGAAAAUUCAGUGCCACACCGUUAUUGGCAAGUCCUCGAUCUAUUUGCAUAAUCUGUUUAAAGGAAAUUCGGUUCUUGAGAAAGCUACCAAUCAAGCAAUCUCUGAGAAUUCGGAUCAACUUUUUAAGGAAGUGUGGCCGGAAAUCGGCAACGCGCUUAGUGAUAAAUUUACGGAAAUUGCAAAUAAGAUUACUGUAUCUUUUAAUUAUGAUGAACUGUUUCCGAAUAUUUAAUUCGUCUAGCGUACCUACUUAUCCAAUGGCGUCUGGCCAUCAUGCGAAAAUGCAAAAUAUGCGAAUAAAAAUUCACCCCAAAA